AUGUGCUCCCGCCAGGACAAAGACCAGCACCACUGGCAAGAACGAUCCUCAUGCCACGGCAGUGAAGGGUGCCACAGGAGCAGCGGUGGAUCUGGAUGCCACGGGAGCAGCGGGGGAUCCGGAUGCCACAGGAGCAGCGGUGGAUCUGGAUGCCACGGGAGCAGCGGUGGAUCUGGAUGCCACGGGAGCAGUGGGGGAUCCGGAUGCCACGGGAGCAGUGGGGGAUCCAGAUGCCACGGGAGCAGCGGUGGAUCCAGUUGCCACGGGAGCAGUGGGGGAUCCAGAUGCCAUGGGAGCAGUGGGGGAUCUGGGUGCCAUGGGAGCAGUGGGGGAUCCUGCCAUGGAAAGCCACAGGGUUGCCAGCAGCAAAUUUAUCAAGUAUCCUCAAAGAUGAAGUGA